CGGCCCGCAGCGCCCCCGGCCCGCCCGCCCGCCGCCACGAUGCUGGCGCUGCUGUCCCGGCUGCUCGACUGGUUCCGCUCGCUCUUCUGGAAGGAGGAGAUGGAGCUGACCCUGGUGGGGCUGCAGUACUCGGGCAAGACCACCUUCGUCAACGUCAUCGCGUCAGGUCAAUUCAGUGAAGAUAUGAUUCCUACUGUGGGCUUCAACAUGAGGAAGGUUACAAAGGGUAAUGUUACAAUAAAGAUUUGGGAUAUAGGAGGGCAGCCCCGAUUCCGGAGCAUGUGGGAGCGAUAUUGCAGAGGAGUUAAUGCUAUUGUCUACAUGGUAGAUGCUGCAGAUCGUGACAAAAUAGAAGCCUCUCGGAAUGAGCUGCACAAUCUUCUAGAUAAGCCCCAGCUACAAGGAAUCCCUGUUCUAGUACUUGGAAAUAAGAGAGACCUUCCUAAUGCUUUGGAUGAGAAACAGCUAAUUGAAAAGAUGAAUCUUGCUGCUAUUCAGGACAGAGAAAUCUGCUGCUACUCAAUUUCUUGCAAAGAGAAAGAUAAUAUAGAUAUCACGCUUCAGUGGCUUAUUCAGCAUUCAAAAUCUAGAAGAAGCUGAAGUCUUCCUGGAAUCUCCAGUACCAGUUGGCCAUAAUCUCAAUUGUCCACUUCCCUCCAUAAUGAGAUACUACCCCAAAAUCCUGUAUCAAGAAUCUGCCUUUUCACGGUUCAUUUCUCAUGUGCACUGCUGAAGACUUGUAUUCCUAUUCUGUCACAAAACAACUAGAGUUGUCAUGAUAAAGUCAGCACAAAUAUUUAUUUUACAACCAUCUGUGGUGGGAGGGUUGUGGGGGGGCUUUUUAAAGAAAUAUCUCUACCAUGUUAACUACGAUGGUACACUCUGUUCUGGUUUUUCAGGGCCAGGUUUUUAUAUGAUUUUCAGCAAGUGUUUUAUUUCUAGUGUUUAGUGGCUUGAAGAUGCUGAUGCUUGACAGCAUUAAGAUUCUGUAAGAUGCCACAUACAGUAGUUAGAAAACAUUUAAGCGUGAAUUGUGGGAUACUGAUUGAUCUCACAGAUGCAUGUGAUGUGUGUAUGUAAGCAGAGAAAUUGAAACUGUUUGCAGAGGGGAGCACAAGGCAUAGAUCAGCAUCACUAAUCUACAGCUGAGAUCCUGUCACUUGAAAAAGAAAACUCUCGUGAUGAAUUAGGAAAGUCAUCUGUUUAAAAUCAUUCUGUUGCUUCUGUUUUAACAUUUACGUGGGGGAUGGGAAUGGACUGUUCUGUCAAACUUUCAAAAAUUGGAGUAUUCCAGCAUGAAAACAAAUCGCUAGGAACAUCAGGCUGUGUUCAAACACAUUUUUCUAUCUCCAGAUUCUCGUGGUCUCUCUCUGAAACCAGAACAUGCAUUCUGAGCAGCUGCAUGACACCCAAAUUACUGAUGCUCUUGUAUCGAGGCAGUUGUUGACCUUUAACACAAUCUGUGUGUAAUUGUCAGUGUCUCUCCUGCUCCUGGAAUGGCUGGGCACAGUUUCACCUGGUGCUAUGGAAUACCUGGGCUAUUGUGACAACUCUAGACCCGCCUGCUUUCUCAUGUAACCAUGUGCAAAGCCUGUCACAUGCAAUGAAAUGUUUUGCUGUGUCAAAGCACAAGAGAGCCAAUGAAUCGAUCCUGUCUCUUGACUAGCUCCUGCAGCUUAGGGAAGUGUGUAUAAACUCAAGACUCAACGUUUCUGUAGCUUUACUUUCUCAGUGACUUCAGCAUAUUUAAAGGGACAGCCUUGUUGGGACUGGUUUGUUCAUCAGCAGUGUCAGUGUGGCUCCUGGUGUGUGCAGAUCCAUGUGCAGCUGCUUGUGUUGCCUCACACUGUGUGUGACUCCUCACCUCACGUGGUUUGCAGCCCUGGGAGCAGUCCUGUCCCCUCUGUCCUGAGAGCCAGUGUUACUGCAGCCUGCCAUGGCCUUACUGUCCUGUCCCAGCUCUGGCACUGCUGCACAGACACUACACGCUGCCUGCCUUCAGUCUGAAGUUACAUUUGUACUUUCUGUCCCCUUUCAGUUCUCUGAAGCAUGGUUUCAAUUAAUCCAUACUCUGGUGCUGUAGAGGAGAGGGUGUAUUAACUUGCUACUGUAGUCCCGAGUUCUCCAGAACUGCUACAGUUACUUUUAUUUAGCAAACUUGCUUGUGCCUAUCACGAGGAAACUAAACUAGAAUGUGUGAAUCUUUGUGGGGGACCAGGUCACUGUUUAGUUAACUGGCCUAUAGCUAAACUUGAUGUGUUUGGUGUUUAUCUACUUCACUGCUUUCAGCGUUUAUGGCAUCCAAACACUACCAAUUGUUAACCUGUGCAUUACUCUCUGCAUGUGAACAACUUAUACAAUUACUGAACUUUGUAAAUACGUGAUUUUUUUUUUUAUUUAGGUGGAUGCAUAUGUUGGUUUACUGCUCUUCAGCUUUAUUCAAUAAACUUAUGUUUUGAGGGUUGUAUUGACACUUAA